CACACAGUUGCUGUCUGAACCCAAGCCUAUGUCCAUUGCAAAAUGAGGCCAAUCAUCUGCUUCUGGUCUUGUAGCUUCUUUUUACAGGGGUGACAAGAUCUCACAGUGGGAGUCAACUACUGUGUGCAGUUGUUUGCAACAUAAUGAACAGUAGGAAGACGUUUCCUGGAGGAGGGUCUGAGAAGAAUGCCAGUCCAUUUGCAGUUCAUCUGUACCGGAGUAGAGAGAAGGCUCUGCAGGGGCGGAAACUGCUGUAAGACAGGAAGAUCGACUAAGCGGCUGUUUGGCUUCAUGACCUCAGAGAGCGGGCGGAGAAAACGCUGUAAUUGGACUGUAGAGUUGGUUUGAAUUUUCAAAAUAUUUUUUGGUUUCCUUCCGUAGUCAUGAAAUGACUGUAUGAACUUUGAAUUGUGACAUCUGUUUUGACUUUGCAUUCACAGUUAUAACUGACUGCUGAGAGAAGAUAUGUUUCAUGAUCAUCAUCUUUCAUAAUCCUAUGUUUUGAUUAUUUCUUUGCAAUAUCUCAGACUCCUUGAAUGUAGUUUUGUAUAUAUCUCUAAGCAUAUAAAGCAACAUCCUACAUUGUGCAAUUGAAUGUGAGGUCAGUUAGCCCAACAUGUUGAUGAUAAUUCAGAGCUUCAUAGAGGGGAUGGCAUAGCACCAUGUUACAGCUGGUUUGUAAUGUUGAAAGCAACUCCUGCAACAAGAUGUUGUGAACAUCUAAUAUAUACCUGACAUUUGGUAGAUAGUGUCACUGGUUCUGCACUGUUUUCAGCUUCAGUCAGAUUAAUUCACAAUUAGAUUCAAUAUCUAAUGACGUCUAGAAUGCAUGAGCACUUGAGAAAGUGGAAAAAUGUGUUGAACUGUGCUGUCUAACCGUUUUUUCCAUUAGUGUAAUUAACGGGCAGUAAUAAGUUAAUACAUGAUGCGCAUUUAUUUACAGAUUUCUGGAUUUCAAUUGUUGAUAUUUUCGUUAAGUUUAAUACAAUUUUAAAUAACCUUUUAUGACCAACUUUAAUCAGUUUACUUUGUUUAUUAACAAAUUGUUGUAAAUGCUCUACAAUUUACUACAUAAUCAAAUCAAGAAAGGGUUUGUAUAUUAGCAUUUUCCAUGCAUCAAUAAUGCUGAUGUAAUUAAUAAUCUGUUUAAACAUUAACUUCCAUUUUUACUAAAACAAAGAUUAUCUUCCAUACAAUUACAAAAAAAUAUUUCCUCCAUUUUGUCUGACGCUUGUAGAAAUCUUAUGGCACAUGACACCAAGUACACCGAGUUGGAAUCACUGAAGUAACUGGCAAGGCUAGAAAUCUGACACCGUCAACAAAGAAAGUGGUAAACGAGGAUGCCGAGUAUCAAGUUUCAGAGUGGGGACACAGUAAUGGGCCGCUGGCCCGGCAGCAGCCUGUUCUACGAGGUCAAGGUACUGAGCUACGAUGCCAAGAAUCAGCUCUACACUGUUAUCUACAAGGAUGGCACCGAACUGGAGCUCAGAGAGGCUGACAUGAAGAAUCCCACUGGGUUCAAACCAAGCCGUCGCUCUCGUUCUCGUUCACGCUCCCCGUCGCGGCGGCGCAGCCGCUCCCGUAGCCCAGCCAGGACCACCAGGCGCUCCUCGUCACGCACUGUCAGCGGCACCUCCAUCGCGGAGACCCACAACGCACGCAAGGAGCCCAAACUGAAAGAAGUGCUGGAGGUCAGACUCGUUCCUGUGGCAAAGCCAAUUGAGAACAAUAUCAACAAUACUCAUGAAAUGACAGAGGAGAAUGAUACUGCUAACAAAGUCAACGAGAAGCCUGCCGAGGUGGAGCCAGAGAAGAAAGUAGUAGAAAGCCGCUACAACUUGAGACGCAGGAAGGAUGACGGUGAUGCCAAGCCAGCCGAGCAUACGGAGGAGGUUGAGCAGAAGCCUGCAGUAGCCACAGCCCCCAUCACCACUGUGCUGGAGUUUGGGGGGAGGCUAGGAGUGUUCUGCAUGACUUUGCUCCUGCCUGCGACUGUGUUGGGCCUGAUGGUGGUUUGCAGUCAGGAGGAUGCUAGCCUGAUGAGCUCCCCCCCUCUGCCUGCCCUUGACUCCCUGUGGGACCUACGGGUGUUUGGCAUGGUGGUCCUCUGGUUGCUCUUCCAGGCCCUGCUCUACGUGCUGCCUGUUGGAAAGGUUGUGGAAGGAAUGCCCCUGAAGAAUGGAGAGAGGCUGAAAUACAGAAUGAACACCCUCUAUGCCUUUGUGCUGACGGUGGCUGCCCUGGGGGCUGCAGUGCACCACAAGAUAGACCUCAGCUACAUCCACAGCCACUUCCUCCAGCUGGCUGUGUCUUCCCUGCUCUGCUCUGUCCUACUUAGUGUCUACCUGUAUGUCCGCUCUCGCUGGGCAACCCAGGACCUGCUGGCCCCUGGAGGAAACUCUGGGAGUGUUAUUUAUGACUUUUUCAUGGGAAGUGAACUUAACCCCCGGAUCAAAGGCUUUGAUCUCAAAUACUUCUGUGAACUGCGCCCAGGAUUGAUUGGUUGGCUGGUGAUCAACGCUGCCAUGGCUCUGGCUGAGAUGCAACUACACCACCUGGACUACCCUUCACCAGCCAUGAUCCUGGUCAACUGCUUCCACCUGCUCUAUGUGCUUGAUGCCUUUUGGCAUGAGGAGGGCGUCCUGAGCUAUAUGGAUAUUACCCAUGAUGGGUUUGGCUUCAUGCUGGCAUUUGGAGACUUAAUGUGGGUCCCCUUCACCUUCAGCCUCCAGGCCUACUACCUGGUUCACCACCCCAAUCACCUCUCUCUGCCCUGGAUCGUAGGCAUCGUCACUCUCAAUGUCAUUGGAUUUAGCAUCUUCCGUAAAGCAAACUCACAGAAAAACUCCUUCAGAAGAAAUCCAUCAGACCCCACAUUAUCCCAUCUGAAGACUAUCCCUACUGCCACUGGGAAGAGUCUCCUGGUAUCUGGUCUGUGGGGGCUAGUCCGUCACCCCAACUACCUGGGUGACCUUAUCAUGGCUCUGGCAUGGUCCCUACCCUGUGGUUUCACCCACAUCCUGCCAUACUUCUAUGUGAUCUACCUAUCUAUCCUACUGGUUCACCGGGAGGCCCGAGAUGAGGCCCAGUGCAGGAGGAAGUACGGCUCGGCGUGGGAUGACUACUGCAGAGAAGUCCGCUACCGCAUCAUCCCCAGAGUCUACUGAGGCCUAUGCCACCCCUGCCCCCAUGCCACGCCCUUCAAUUCUGCAAGCUUACGACUCAUCACACGGCUGCAUGAGUUCACUGAGAAAAAACAAGUUGUUUGGAAAUUAGUUUGAGGACAUUUGAAUUUUGGAAAGGAGGACACUUGAUUCUUGGAAGUACCACAAGAGCAGCUUUCUUUUGAAGUUACAUGGUUUUAGGAAGGUAAACACUCACUGACUGACUGAAUUUGGUUUAUGCCUUUGUUUAGCGAGAAACAUUUGAAAAAAUAAGCCUCAUAAUCUAGUGAAGUGAUGUGUAUAUAUAUAUUUUUGUACAUAUACAUUUUUUUAACUGAAAGAUACCUAACAACAUUGCAUAUUUGGUCUGUGUUAGUGUUCUUUGCUCCCAUAUUCGACGUAUACAAUAUUUUCUUGGCUUUUAUUUUGAGGUAUUUUGUAAUGAUAUCUUUGGUAUACAUUACUUGUGUAUAUUGUGAAUGAUGGGAUUUAAAUGCUCUUUUUUUCCACUGUACAGUUAACAUAGGACUAUAACGUUCUCCCUCAGGAUCACGACGUUGUCAAAAAAUUGCAUUUAGGUUUUAAUUUAUAUAUAUUUUUAUAUAGAGAUAUGUAGCCUAGUGUUAACUGAGAGUGUAAAAAAAAAAAAAUGGGCGGUUUUAAAUGCAUUAUGCGAGAUUGCGUUUUAUAACCGAAGUCUAUUAUUUGUCUUUGCUACCUCAGGUUCUGUCAAAUUCCUCCCCAGUCCUCUGGAUGGUGGUGUUGCUUAGUGCUCCUGUGAUAGUCACAGUCACUGUUUCAGAGGGAAGACAACCCAUCUGUUAUCAAAUAUACAUACACAUAAUCUUAUUUAAAACCAUUAAAAUUUGCAAGGGCGCUUACAGACAGUAUCCAUUCAAGCAUCACAAACCUUAAGUUAUUCAAGGUGUCAAUAAUGACAUGAUUUUUUAAAAUGUUUAUUAUUUUUAUUUUAGGAUUUUAACCAAGUUUAUACUGUGACAUUCUGCACAAUGCUGUGUAGUGUGGUGGCCUUCUGGCAACAUUGGUGUUUUAUCCUGUGCAUUCUCAAACCCAAAUAAGUAUUUUUGGACCCAGCUGUAGAUGAACAGCAUCGCAGCAAUAUGUCAACUAGAAUAUGUGGCAUUUUAUGUGACUGAAUGCAUUGUACAUAUUCUAAAUGUGUUUUUUUAAGUAAAAAAAUAUUAAAGUUAAUGGUAGUAAUCAUAGAUAUUAUGUUCCACAAGUAGAUAUUUAAAGUUACAUUUGAUUUUAACUUUUGUUUUUAAGUUAAUUGCCUGAAUUACCAUUGUAGCCAUUUUUGUUUACAGCUAGAUCUGCCGUUAUUACUGACUCAGCCAUCUGAGAAGAUUACUUGUGAUUUGAGUCAUUUAUCAUGAACUAUUUCUCAUUGAGCCACGUUCUGUACCCAACCCCUGUGUUUGUGGCGGAUGGGACUGGUAAUAAUAUCCUGUUUUGGUCAGCUGGUAGUUUGUCAAAGCUAAAAGUUGGAAGUAACUAAGAAUUUGGAAGAAGACCCAAGGUUUUUGAAUCAUUAAAUUCUGGUGGAGACAGAUCAAACCUGUGACAGUGGCUGGAAAGCUUGCAUUGUACAAACAUUUUGGCAAAAAAAUAAAGAUGUCCA